AUGACUGUCGACGCCGUCUCCUUUCUUAAAGACUUCAUCGCCGGCGGUGUGUCUGCGGCCGUAUCCAAGACAGCGAUGGCGCCCAUCGAGAGAGUGAAACUACUUCUUCAGGUCCAGCACUCGUCCAAACAGAUCGCAGAGAGCCAGAGAUACAAAGGUAUUAUGGACGCGUUUGUCCGCAUUCCCAAAGAGCAGGGAAUCGGCGCCUUUUGGAGAGGAAAUCUUGCGAAUGUGAUCCGAUAUUUCCCGACACAAGCGCUCAACUUUGCCUUCAAAGACAAAUACAAAGCCAUCUUUUUGGGCGGAGUCGACAAAAAGACACAAUUUUGGCGCUAUUUUGCGGGAAACUUGGCCUCUGGUGGGGCCGCCGGCGCCACAUCGCUGUGCUUUGUCUACCCGUUGGACUUCGCGCGGACCCGUUUGGCCGCCGACAUCGGCAAGUCUGGCGCCGAUCGACAAUUCAACGGUUUGGUCGACUGUUUGGCUAAAGUGUACAAAAGCGAUGGCUAUAUGGGUCUCUAUCGAGGCUUCUCUGUCUCCGUUCAGGGGAUCAUCAUCUAUAGGGCCGCGUACUUCGGAAUGUUCGACACGUGCAAAGGUAUGCUUCCGGACCCGAAGAACAGCCCGUGGUAUAUAUCGUUCGCGAUCGCAGAAGUGGUGACCAUAGUGUCGGGUAUAGUCUCGUAUCCAUUCGAUACAGUGAGACGUCGAAUGAUGAUGCAGUCGGGGCUUCCCGUCAGUGAACGCAUGUAUAAGAAUACCAUUCAUUGUUGGGGUAAAAUCGCGACAACAGAGGGCCCGAAGUCCUUCUUUCGGGGCGCGCUCUCCAACGUCUUCCGCAGCACAGGAGGCGCUCUCGUCCUCGUCUUCUACGACGCCCUCAAGGAUUUGAUGGGUUAA